AUGUACGCGCCCACGGCGACGCCAGCAGCGAACUGCCACAUGGCGGUCACGCCGAGUGGCACCACGAGAAUGCACCAGACAGCCCCGGCUCUGCGAAGCCGUUACUGGCUCCGCGAUGACCUUGUACCAAGACGGCUAACAAAUCAUUGCGGUCGCGGCGGGCAUUAUGGCGACAGCAUACGGAAACUCCACUGCAGCGUUACCACUAUCGGAAAGGAUGGUAAGACUGAUUUCUCUUCAAAGAAAUUUCCGGGCCAAACCCCAGUGACGGAUUGCAGGAAUCCAACCAGCAUCCUCAGAAGACAGUACGGCUUGUUCGACGACGCCAAGAUUGAGACAAACUGCAGAUAA